CGAUUCCCUUUGCCAGCACCUCGGACGCCGGCUGCGGCGCUCGGGCAGCUCCCACCGCCCUGCAGACGUGGCGCCGGACCGGGCCGGACCACCCUGCCGGCGGCUGCUGCCCAAUCGCUCCCACCCCCGUGACCGGCCGGGGGAGGAGCGGGGCGGGGCGGCGGCGGAAACCGGGACCGUGGUCGGCCUGGGUCUGCAGCGGGAAGGGUAGCGAGGGCAGCAAGGCGGUGGAGCGGCGGGACUCGGGGCAUGGGGGGCGGCGCGGCGAGGUGGUGGCUGGCGCUGCUGGCGCUGGCGCUGCUGGCGCUGCCGGCGAGCCUGGCUAAGCCGACAGCCUGGCAGGAGCGGCCGCGGCCCGGCGCCGCGCAGCACGAGGACCGCCCGGGCUUCCAGUACGACCACGAGGCCUUCCUGGGCAAGGAGGAGGCGCGGAGCUUCGACCAGCUCAGCCCGGAGGAGAGCCGGCAGCGGCUCGGGAAGAUUGUGGAUAGAAUAGAUGAUGACAAAGACGGCUAUGUCACAACAGAGGAGUUAAAAACCUGGAUUAAACGGGUACAGAAACGCUACAUCUAUGAAAACGUGGCUAAAGUUUGGAAGGACUAUGAUCUAAACAAGGACAAUAAAAUUGCCUGGGAAGAAUACAAGCAAGCCACAUAUGGUUAUUAUCUAGAAAAUCCAGAAGAAUUCCAAGAUGCAACUGAUCAUCACAGUUUCAAGAAAAUGCUGCCUAGAGAUGAAAGACGAUUCAAGACUGCAGACCUGGAUGGAGAUUUAGCUGCCACUCGUGAAGAAUUCACUGCUUUCCUUCACCCAGAGGAGUUUGAGCAUAUGAAAGACAUUGUUGUCUUAGAAACCUUAGAAGAUAUAGACAAAAAUGAGGAUGGUUUUGUGGAUCAAGAUGAGUACAUUGCUGAUAUGUUUGCAAAUGAAGAAGGUGGACCAGAGCCUGACUGGGUAAUCACAGAGCGUGAGCAGUUUGCAGAUUUCCGUGAUCUCAACAAGGAUGGAAAGAUGGACAAAGAGGAGAUUCAGCACUGGAUUCUCCCACAAGACUAUGAUCAUGCCCUAGCUGAAGCCAGGCACUUAGUCUAUGAAUCAGAUGUAGACAAGGAUCAAAAGCUAACAAAAGAGGAGGUUCUGGACAACUGGAAUAUGUUCGUUGGAAGUCAAGCUACUAAUUAUGGGGAGGACCUCACAAGAAACCAUGAUGAGCUAUGAGACAGUACACACCAUCCACUACGCCUUCUCUCUGCUCUAGCAACAUCACCAUGCCCAGCCUUUCUUUUUGGGGAAGGUGGGCAAGGGACACACUCACAAAUGACUGACUUGUAUUAAUAUAUUUUCAAUGUACCAGCUUAUUACCUCAGAAACCACAUAGAGCUAGAUUUUUUACUCUUUUCACAUGGUUAAAUACACUUAAUUACUACAGUUUCGUUUUGAGACAAGGGAAAAAGGAACUUUUUUAAUAGGUUAAAGCCUGACCUGCAGAGGCACUUCUGAAAAACAUAAUUACAGGGAUCUUUUAAUUGUGAAAUACUUUGCUUAACUACCCACUUUUACCGUAGUGAAAUGCAGCUUGGAUUAGAAAGAAACCUGAUCUUUGUUAAAACAGACUAAGUUAUUUAGUUGUCUUUUUUUAAGUAGAAUAUAUUAAAUCUAUUUGGUCAUCUUUUUUUUAAUAGAAUAUAUCAGUUUAGAGUUAUACUUUGACCUUUCUUCCAGAGAAAAGGUUUGACAUAACAAGAUCCACAGACUUUUCCUCCCUGCUGUUUUGCCUCUGCUGGUAUAGGCCAGAGGUGCUGCAGAAGGUAUCCAGCAGCCCUGUGGCUCAUGGCUUUACAAAUGCAACGUGCACAACUGGUCCUUCUCUCUAACCCCCAUCCCAGUGGCGAGACAGCACACAUGGCCCAGCACCCUGUGCCGGUGAGGGCUGCAGAGUUCAUAGUGACAGCUGCUCCUUCUGACAACAGAAUAACGUCUGAUUGUUGGUGGGCUCUUGGUUCUGCUCUUUCCUGGGAGGAAUUAUGCCACAUGGAGCAUAAUUUGCCUCACGCUUUUCGCACUUUAGCCAAGCCGUAGUCUUGCUCGCACAGUGUGAAUGGCAGCAGUUCUGUGAUGGAGAAAGAAUGAGACGUAUCACCCCUCUGGGCCUUCUGUCUUCUCUGCCUCAUAAGAGGACAGACUUCUGUGGCUAAAGCUCUGGUUUUGUAUGUAUAUGCAUAUAACUAUGUGUUCCUGAAGCAAUUAAAUGAAGAUGGCUUUCCUUCCAAAGAAAGGGGUAAGCUUUCCACACAGGUGCUUUCUUUUUUACUGUGAGCUAUUGCUUGUAUAUUUUUCUAUACCCAACUUACCUAACUUGGUUGUUUUUUUAAAUGUACUGGGUUUUAAAACAAUAAAAACAAUACUACUUUUUGAUACUGUAAAGGUGCAAUAACACUAACACAGGCUAGCAUAAAGAGAUGGUGUUUGGAAGUAUGAAUCAAGCCUUCACAGCCAGUAGUUCCCAAAGACAAGGUCAUUGGCAGCUUCUGUAGCACUGGGUGAUCAUCUACCAACUACCUGGACAUAGGGAAUUGACUAUAUCUCUUCACCUCAUUAAAAAAAACCCAAACAAAACCACAAAAAGCAAUAAACAAGCUAGAAUUAAGCCAAAUAUACAAAGCUGCUAUCACUAGAACACCAAUGGUAGGAGAUCAGAACUCCACAGCAGCGUUCAUUGGGUUCCUUGGAAGGUUUGGUGUAUAGCAUCACACACCGGUGAUCCCAUAACCACUGAGAGAGGAAACUUUGAGGCUCUCAGGUUCUGACACUUCAGAAAGGUAACAAAUCUGUGAAAAACAUGAAGCAAUGCAAAACUGUGACCAUGAAGAGUCAUAAGCAAUGCAAAACUGUGACCUCCCUGAAGAGUCAAGCAAUGCAAAACUGUGACCUCCGUGAAGAGUCGUAAGGGUUGUAAAAACUGUGGUGAAAUAUUUCACAUCUUCCAGCUGAAGGUAAUUAAAUCUAGGUACCAGCAUCUGGCAGAAAUGACAUAUUCUUGCUAGCACAAUUAGUAAGCAUUUGGUGUGCACUGACAUUGCCUGCAAUGUCUCUGAAAAGUCCCUACCUCUGACACGCAGUAGGACAAACAUCAUCAGACAUGAACUGUUUCUGCUUUUCCAGUACCCUCAAGUUAAAUGCAUGCCUAAAUGCAGUGUUACCUAUGAAGCAAUAAAAUUGUAUCUUGGCACAUGUGAAA